AGAGUGUGGAAAUUACAAGAAACUUCCUUCCUUGGCCACUUCGCUAUUCUCAUUGGAAAGAACCUUCUUCCUUACACGCUCUUUCUUCUUCUUCUUCUUCCAUGGUUUUCCCUCAGCACCAGUUCCAACGGCACUACCAAACCCACCACCACCAGCAGCAACAACAACCACAAACUAAAUCUUUCAGAAACCUGCAAGCAAUGGAAGCUCAUAUGCCACCUCAGGUUCCCUUUUACAAUCCCACUGAUUUGCAAGAUCAGUCCCAACAUCCACCAUACAUUCCUCCAUUCCAUGUUGUUGGGUUUGCUCCGGGUCCAGUUCCUCCUGCCGAUGGUAGUGACGGUGGUGUUGAUUUGCAAUGGAACUACGGUUUCGAACCUGAGAGGAAGAGACUAAAAGAACAGGAUUUCUUGGAGAACAAUUCUCAGGUAUCUUCUGUAGAUUUCCUGCAGCCACUAUCGGUGUCCACUGGAUUGGGCUUGUCACUUGACAAUCCCCGCUUGGUUUCAACCGGAGACUCUGCUCUGUUGUCACUCAUUGGAGAUGACAUUAAAACUUUUCUUGUAUAUGAAGAUGAGGCACUAAUUAAUCAUCUUCUCUAAUAGGGGGAACAAAUGAGGCAAUCAAUUUUAGAUAAGGUUCAGGCUUCACAGCUUCAGAGCGUUUUGGUUAUCGAAGACAGGGUCCUUCAGAAACUCCGCGAGAAGGAAGCCGAGGUAGAAAGCAUUAACCGGAGGAACAUGGAGCUGGAAGACCAAAUGGAGCAAUUAACUAUGGAAGCAGGUGUGUGGCAGCAAAGAGCCAAGCACAACGAGAGCAUGAUUGCUGCUCUCAAGUUCAACCUUCAGCAAGCGUAUGUCCAGAGCCGAGAUAGUAAGGAAGGAUGUGGCGACAGUGAGGUGGACGACACGGCUUCUUGCUGCAACGGCCGUUCCAUCGAUUUCCAUCUUCUCUCAAAGGAGAACAAUGGUAUGAGAGAGAUGAUGACAUGUAAGGCUUGUAGAGUCAAUGAAGUUAACAUGCUUUUGUUACCUUGUAAGCAUCUUUGCCUUUGUAAAGACUGUGAAAGUAAGCUUAGUUUUUGUCCUUUAUGUCAAUCCUCUAAAUUUAUUGGUAUGCAGGUCUAUUUGUAACUUGAUACAUUACUUUGGCAUGUAACAUGAUCUCUAAUUUUAUAUUUAAGUCAUGUGGA